AUGGAUACAUCUGUGAUUCUUCCCGUUGAAGCGGAAGGCUUUAUCCAGAGUCUGGAAACUUUCUCCCUCAAGGAAGUGGGCUCAGAGAGAUGGUUCAAGCAGCAUGAUUAUAUUGAGAAACUUAACAUGCAGGCAAUACUGAAUGCCUCUGCCAUGCACGAUGAGUUUGUCAAGGACCUCCUGGUUUCAUUUGGAAAGAUACACAUCCUGGUCCAUGAGAUGAUCCUUAUUGAGGUGUGGAAGCAAAAAGUGUUUCCCAUCUUAUGCCAGCUGGAGGAUUUCAAUCCAGAGAAGACUUUUCAUCUUUACAUGGUGAUCCACCAUGAAGCCACCAUCAUAAAUCUACUUGAAACCAUAAUGUUUCACAAGGAUUCAUGUGAUGCAGCAGAUGACUCUCUUCUUGACUUGGUGGAUUACUGCCAUCGAAAACUCACCCUGCUGGCGAGUGAAGUGAUCAAGGAUGUUGCUGUGACCUAUGACCAACACAAACAGAUAUCCUCUCUAGAGGAGCUGCAGGUGCAGAGUGCAGCUUUGGAGUUUGAAAUCUCCCUGAAAGCCGUGUCAGUGCUGCGCUACAUUACAGACCACGCAGACAGCAUCAGCAUUAUCAAUCAAAUGCUGUGCACCCAUAACCUUCCUUGUGUACUGGUUCAGCUGAUUGACCACUGCCCCUGGCGUCGCUGUAGAGAAGGUAACGUGCAAAAGCACAUUGAUGGCAAGUGGCAGACGAUACCUGUAGAGGAUCAUUUAAAAAUGACCAAACUGGACGGUCAGGUCUGGCUUUCCCUUUACAAUCUGCUGCUAAAAGAAGAAUGCCAGAGAAAAUACGACUUCAGCAGUUUCAACAAGAGCCAGCUUCUGAAGCUCAGAGGUUUCUUGACGGACGUCUUGAUUGAUCAGUUGCCAAAUCUGGUGGAUCUGCAGCGUUUCCUGGCUCAUCUUGCUGUUUCAGAUCCAGCCCCUCCAAAAAAAGAACUGAUUUUGGAGCAGAUCCCAGAAAUGUGGAACCGCAUUAUCAGUGAGAAUUCUGGAAAGUGGAAGGCAAUAGCAAAGUAUCAAGUCAAAGAAACAUUCAACCCAUCUGAAAGUGACUUGAGACAACAGGCCCAGAGGCUGGCCCAGACGUACAACUUGGACGUAAUGGAGAGUUUACUUCCUGAGAAACCAAAAUGUGGAUCCUGUGGGAGAGAGGCCACAAAGAGAUGCUCUCGCUGCCGAGGAGAGUGGUACUGUCACAGAGAGUGUCAAGUGAAGCACUGGCCAAAACACAAGAAAGCCUGCCAGCUCAUGACUGAGACCACCGAGAAGAUCAUCAGCUGA